GCUUAUUUUUAGCAAACACUUCUCGAUGCCAGUUGUGCAAUGGUGUAGCAUUGAAAGGCAGUGUGAAGAAUCAACAAAGAAAGGACUUACUUUUAUGCUUUUUUGAGCAGAAUUUUAGUUACUGGGACAACGAAGAAUGGGACAGCUUUGAAAGCCUCAGAAAGGACAUGAUUUUGGCCGAGCAGAUGUCCACAGUAGCUUCACAGCAUUACACUGGGCUCAGACAAGCUCUUUAGGAAGCGCAAGACGUACAGAAGAACCAGUAGUUGUAGCCCAGCCUCUCUGAGCCUUCAGAAUGACUAAAGAAGAAGAGACCUCAGAAUGGGUGGGUGGACAGGAGUUCUAUGACAAAUAUGAACCCAAAGAGAUCCUUGGAAGAGGGGUGAGCAGUGUGGUUCGUCGCUGUGUGGAUAAGCGAACCAGCCAGGAGUAUGCAGUAAAGAUCAUAGACAUCACACCAUCAGACAAAAUGACCCCUCAGGAGAUACAAGAGAUUCAAGAGGCCACCGUUAAAGAGAUUGACAUUCUCCAAAAAGUCUCUGGACAAAAGAACAUAAUACAGCUGAAGGACUGCUUUGAGUCGAAGGCCUUCUUCUUUUUAGUUUUUGACUUGAUGAAGAAAGGAGAAUUGUUUGAUUACCUCACAGAGAAAGUGACUCUGAGUGAGAAAGAGACACGUAAGAUCAUGCAUGCUCUUCUGGAGGUGGUGCAGUUCCUGCAUGCCCAAAACAUAGUCCACAGGGACCUGAAGCCAGAGAACAUCCUGCUGGAUGAUGAUAUGCACAUUAAGCUGACAGACUUCGGCUUCUCUGUCCAGAUAGAGCCAGGACAGAGGAUGAAUGAGGUUUGCGGGACCCCAGGCUUCUUAGCUCCUGAGAUCAUUGAGUGCUCCAUGGAUCCCAAACAUGCAGGCUACGGGCUUGCUGUUGACCUCUGGAGCGCUGGGGUGAUUAUGUACACUCUGUUGGCUGGGUCGCCUCCAUUCUGGCACAGGAAGCAGAUGCUGAUGCUGCGAAUGAUUCUGGCUGGGAAAUACGACUUCAGCUCUCCAGAGUGGGACGACCGCUCAGACACCGUGAAAGACCUGAUUGCCAGGUUACUGGUGGUAGAUCCACAGAGUCGCUACACAGCCACAGAUGCUCUGAAUCAUCCCUUCUUUCAGCAGUAUGAGGUCGCAGAGGUCCGCCACUUCAGUCCUUAUAGGAAGUUUAAGGUUAUCUGCUUGACCGUACUGGCCACUAUGCGCAUCUACUGCAACUACCGUCGCGUCAAACCUGUCAGCAAGGAAGUGAUUUGCAGUGACCCGUAUGCCAUCAAACCAGUGCGGAAGAUGAUUGACGCCUGUGCCUUUAAGAUCUAUGGCCACUGGGUGAAGAAAGGACAGACUCAGAACAGAGCAGCCCUGUUUGAGAACACUCCCAAAUUCAUCCUGCUGUCUAUCGCUGCUGAAGAGAAUGAAAUGGCCCUGAGGACUUUAUGACACAAUCUGUCUUAACAUGACUGUAGUAUCCUAUCAGGACAAAUCAGAAUGCACCAUUACCUCAAGACUAUGAUAAGACAGAACAAUACAUGCAGCAGAUUUCAAAGAAGAAAUCAGCAAUCAGAGAAUGACAAACAGAUCUAAAGUGAUUUCAUACAAACGUUGCAGUGGUAGGACUAGAACUACCCUAGGCUGGGUUAAGUUAAAGGGGGACUCACACAGAUUUUUCCAAAUUUCUGCAGCAAUAUAUAGUUAAGAUGUAAACAAAGUCACUCAGCGUGGUUUAAUGUUAAAUGUUCCAUUCUAGAGAAACGUGCAGAGUUAGAAUUGUUCACAGUAGUGAUGAUGGGACUAAAAUAAAGACUAUAUAUACAUAUAAAAGCAAAGAUGACUUGUUUAGGUUCACUCGUUGCUUUUGAUGGCAAAUAUUUGCUUUGCAGACACUAAGAUCCCUGGUUUCUAUCGCUACCAUUGUAAAUAAAUCUGAGGUGGUACAUUUCUCUACUAUGUACCAUUUUACAAGAAAACACUUUGUUUACAUCACAACGAUUAAAUGAUGCAGAGAUUUUGAACAAUCAGUGGAAUUUCUGGUUAACAUGACAGAGGAUAUUGUAUUGAAAUACACUGCUCAGCCACUAGGGGGCACCAACUCACACAAAAUACUUUUAAAGCCUGAAAAUCAUUGCAGGCCAGUCAGUCAAAAAUGCUACUAAUGCUAACAGUGAAGGAAAUUAUAUAGCCAACUAUUAGCAUAAAGCCAACGACAUCAUGCUGAUCAGUGGCUACUAAAUCCUGUACAUUAUUAGCCACGUUAGUAUAUUCGGUCUACUUUAAAUUACUUUAAAUGCCGCAACUACAAAAACUUCAAAUAACAAGAAACAGAUAUGCACAGUGCAUGUCUACCAUAUGAUCAGUAAAAUAAGAAUGUGUAGUAAUAUUAGAGCAAUUCCUGUAUGAAUGUAUAGUGCUAUUACAUAACAAAAUGGACAAAAAAAUCCUAAGAAAGAAAGUAUAUGUUAAAAACUUGUCUUUAUUUUCACAGUGUUAAGAGGAAAGAAUUCCGCUAAGCAACGUCUAGUCCUGGUCUCCACAGGAGAUAUGCAUUAUUAAAGCAACAGCGCAUGA